GCAACACUCCUUCUCGUUCCAUCCCAUACCUACACUACAUUGAGACAUUUUUUUUUCUAUUUUAAAGGCAUUUCCUAUCAGGUAGGCAAACUAAACGCAUCAGAGACACGUCAAGGAUGGAAUUGCAACAGCGGAUGCAAGGCUCCACAACAUUGUACACUGCCACGCUGCACUAACGUGGUAUUUCCACACACGUUUAGUGGAUCUGGAAUCGUAAGUAAAACCUAAGGAAUUAAAAAUUACCGUAUUUCCCCCAAUAAUAGCCGCGAGCGACUAUUCGAGGGAGGCGAUUAUUUCAAAUAUUGCUCACUAGAAGUCGUUCCCUAAAUAUUUUGUUUUAUUAUCUAUUAAAUGAUAAUAGAAAAAUAAUCACAUCAAAUAUACAUUAAAUAUACUUUUCUAACGUUAUGACCUCCGACAAUUUAGUGCGCAUAGGUAUGUUCAAGUGUUCCCAAAUCCCUAGGAUGCGUGUGUUUUCAGAGAAAAAAAAAUACGAAACAAAAAAAGCCAGAGAAUUCUGACAAUAAAAAUAGGCUAGAAGACCUUUAACCCUUGGAAUGGGGUAGGGAAUGGAGGUGGGCGGGAUGCGGUCGAUUGGGAGGGGAAUUAGACUCUUUUUCUUUUCAGAUUUAGUGAGAGAAGUGCACCCACACACGAGCGUGGAAGCCGCCAGAAGCGCGCGAGAAACGAGGACGGCAGUCUCGCCCUUUCAGUCACGUGCGUCGUCAGUUGCGUUUCUCGCGUGUUUCGCUCGACGGAUUAGGAAAAAAGAGAGACUGCUAGUAGUCUAGGGUUGAAUUGUUGCCUGCAAAUUUUCAUUGAUGCUUAUCUUUACCUAACGCAUUUCAGGUUCGAGUCUUUGUGUCAUUAAGCCACCAAGAUCAGUCAUCAGAUGCAGUUCAUUCACCUUCCGCCGUGUGGGCAGAGUCCAUAAGUACAGCUGGAUUUCAGUUAUGCUCGCGUGCAACAGGCUCUACAAAUGACACUGGCAUUAUCAACUGGGUAGCAUUCCAGGACAAACCCAUGUUAACGCAUGGAAGCGUUACUUUUAGCGGAAUAUGGACAACAGAAACAAAGUGUGAGAAGGUGGCCUUUUCUCAGGUUAGACAACAAUAAUUGAUAACAAGUAUUUAAUUUUGUUAUAAAGGUGUAAAACGGACAUAGCAAAGUACAUUGCUAAAAGUCUUUUUAAGCUUUCUCUCGGGCUUAGUUUCAAACUUUUCCUUCCAUCGCCUUUAGAUAAGCCAUUUUCAUGUUUUACUUUGGAGGUAGUGAUUGAAUAAUGCUUGACCGUUUUGAAUGUAUUGAUGUGCUAAAUGUAAUUUGGAAAAUAGAAGUCUAUUUUUUUAAUGAUGUUAAAUUUGUGGUAUUAAACUUAACAAAGUUAGCCGAAAAGGAACAUUGUUGUUUGUAACUUUAUUUAAGUAAUGGGCCAAAUAAGAUGCAUUCACCAACAUUAAUUUUCAACACUUGGUAGAAAGAGGUGAAAAAGGGGUAGAAUAUUGAGUUAAUGGGAAUAGACAAGUAGAUUUAAUUAAUCUGCUCCCCUUAGCCUUUGAUAAAUCCUUAAUUUCAUUUAAGUACCGCUUAGUACUUCAUGGAUACGUUCCUGCUGAUUUAUCUUUCGAGAAGCUUGUUUAUUUUUCAGUCAAUAGUUUUUGAUAUAUCUAAAAUUUUUUUGCAGAGCUUUGCUUCCAAGCCUCGUGUAUUUGUCUCUGUUAAGUACACUCGCAGUACAAAGCCAAAUGACGCUAUGUACUUAUGGUUAGAAAACGUCAAUUCUGGAGGAUUUGAAGUGUGCUUAAGGGAAUUCUUGCGCUUUGAUGGAAAACAUCAAGAUGCAGUAGUGGUAAGUGAAGAAAAAUGUCCGAGUAAACUGUAGUAUUGAUGAAAACAAACAAACAGACAAGCAAACAAACUUGACUUUGCCACACUUCGGCAGCCCGGAAACCCAAUUACCCAAUACGUUUUUGAAGCAAUUAAGGUAGUGUCGUGUCUCACGUGUCUCAUGCAUUCAUUUCUUGUUAAAGGAAACCGGUGGUUCGAAACCUGACGCAACUCGUCUUGUAAAGAAAAGGGUAGCAAAUUAAACAUCAUUUUCUUGUCCGCAGGACUGGUUUGCAUUCACUGGAAAUGGGAGUGAACUUAAUUUCACAAUAACUGGGGAAGAAAUCUUUCCAAACAGUGGAAAUCCAUCGGCCAAAAACAACUACGGCUUCUGUCAGGUGAAAACUUUAGUUCUAACAAGAACAUUUAGCACAAGCCAAAGAACACUGAAUUUUUAGUGGCUAAGUUCACACUAAAGAAAACUUAAAAUACAGUAAACCCAAGCUUACCAGGCCAUGGUAAUCGACAUUGUAUCCAAAAUGGCAAUUCCCAGAUGAGCGCGACAUGUUUAUCUCGCGAUUUUGAUGUGCGCAUAUUUCGCGAUUCUUAAAUUUCGUGGCUUUGUGAGAAUUUUAUAUUUCGAAUCUCUUCAAUUUCGCGUUGUAGACAGUGGGCGAAUAUUAGAAGUGGGGACUUUACAGAAGAUGGGCAAAAAUAGAGGGAGAGGUGAGCACGUUCAGAUCCAUACUUACAUGACUUUUUUUACCUAUUUACAGGAAGUGCCUUUCAAUACGACCUUUUACAAAUCGCCAAUUGUGAUUCUUUCCGUAAAUCAUGAGUAUAAUCUUAAGGUCAAGGGAAGUCGUCCUCCAGAAAAUAAUAUAAUUUCAGCCUGGCUAGAGGUAAGUUUGCCUUUUUAUUCGAACCUGAGAAAACAGCCCGCCCGACAUUUCGCGCGACGCCACCACCAGUUUUCCCACAAAAUGAGGACUGAACCCCGAAAACCCAAUUUCGCGACGCAAUUACUGGCUUUCCCGUGAAAAGACGUCUGUAGAAGAGUGCAGAAAUUCCAUACUGAUGACAUGUACUUCCCAGAUCAAGAUAGUGCUUCUGAUUGGUCAUGCUGCAAAAUAAUUUUUUUUUAACCAAUCAAAAGCACUGCCUGCCCAGAUCUGUGUAAUGACACGUCAUCAGUACGCAAGAUCUGCGCUCGUUCCUCAGACGUCUUUUCAUUUAAAAGCCAGUAAUUGCGUCAUGAAACGGGGUUUUCCUCAUUGGGUUAUAUUCUUGAUGGUCACUUGAGGUUAAUGAUAAUGAACAGGAAUUUUUCAGUGCUUUGCUACAUUAUUCUAUUCAAUUGUUUGCUUGAACUCUCACGACACCUUUGAGACCCAAAAGUCCAUAUCCCUUGUCCAAUCAGGGGAGAGCAGAAAUCUGUUUAUUCUGGUAAAUUUAUAAAAGGACUGUGAAAACUGUGUAAAAGCCAUAAGAAACCAAUAAUUUGGAUCUGAUCCAUAAAUUUCUUGACUUAAAGGUAUCGUCGUAGAAAUCAAGAAGAAAUUAUGGAUUUUCUAGUAACUGAUGAGUGCUAUCACAUUUUGCUGCAGGAAGUUGGAUUAGAAUCUAUGAAGGUCUGCGUUAAAGACCUCAGUGGAUUAGGAUCGAGUCAUGAUCCCUUGAUUGUCAGCUACGCUGUUACUGGAGGUUGUUUAUUAAUUCUCCUAUUGUAAUGAUCACUAUUUCUAGAAAGAACUAUUGUCAUUUUUGUUAUUAUUUUUAUUGAUAUCUUUUAGAAGUUCUUAUAUGUAGGAAUACAUUUCAUAAUAUUAAUUAAAGAAACGCUGGAGUACAAACACGGAUAUACCUUAUUCAUGUUACACUCUAUCUUUGCAGGCACUUCAAGAUUGAUGGGAUAAGAGCAAUUAGAGGGCACACAAGUAAUAAAAUUGCCAAUACGAGUAGUCGAGUAAUCGCGGUCGGGUUUGUUUAUCCCUCAAAAUAAGACGACGAUUUUAGUCAUGCAAAAUGCAAAAUGUAAACUUCGACAAGUUUUACGUCAUAAUUCCUUGCUGUGAAGAUUUCUACUGUCGCCUACUGCAUUCAAAAUCACUUCCACCCAUAUUUUGCGAUUUUCGUUUUUGUUAAGGUCAAAACUUCUUAAUUUUCUGUUGUGUAGAUAAUUAAAUAAACUCGACUGCAUUCUUGUAUUUACUGACUUUCUGUCUUGUUUGCCCCCUGAGAAACCACGUAACAUUGCUUUAAUUUAUUCCACCAGUCCGAAGCGCGUGCAAAGAUGGCGGGUAUCGUUAAUAAGGUCUACUAAGGAUAAAAAAACGUCAGUUGAGGUACCUACAAGCAAACGUGUUACUACUACUGAACAGUAACUUAGUUUUAAUUCAAAUAUGAAAAAUAUGUUAGACAUUUAUGUUUUUUCCAAAUGGAUAACUACUCAAUAUUAUGUAUCUUUUUUUCUCGGUACAGACCUUAAUCCUUGCCUUAAUGUGCAUUGCCCACGGUUUGGAGUCUGCAGGACCUAUAGUGCGCAUGACGCUCGGUGUAAGUGCGAUGACCAAUGCCCCUCAUAUAAAGACCCAGUGUGCACUGCAAACGGAACAACUUACGACAACCGAUGCUGGCAUAAGUUAAGCUAUUGCAGAGGACUUGAAAAUAAUCUGGUCUAUCACCCAGGAAGUUGUGAAGGUAACAAAAAAUAAUUUCAACGAUUUUUUUGGCUGUAUAUGCCACAUAGAAUAGUCUGGCAGUUAAGCUCUCGAUCGUUUAGAAUUAUAAGUGUUGGCUCAAAAUUACAUUGGCUUCUAGCUAUGAUGUUUAUAACUUUUCGUUACUUUUAAGCUCGCUUUUAGCUCCCUACCAGGGUAAGCAACAAUAGGCAGCUGUAACAAGCUACUUCGUCUCUCUACUUUGGCAAACGAGCAUAUAACAGCCCAGACUAUAGCCGAUGUUUGACCUGUGUAAGAUCUUUUAUUCUCUUUUGUCUUGCAAUUUAGUUUUUCUGCGUAAAAUUAGAUUACACAAAUUUGCUCGGGGCAAAUAUGGUGCAAAAAAGUGCAAAAGAGGAGGACAUCAAAGACAAAGGUAGUAAAUAUCGCAUUUACAUACCAGUUUACAUGGAGUUGCAUAUUUGAGAGCAAAUGCAGUAUUUACUAUCUCUGCCCUUGAUGUCAUCCUCUUUUGCACUUUUUUUGCACGUUAUUAGCACUGAGUGAAUUUGCUGAAAAUCAAAUAUUUCGCGCAGUGGCCCAAUAUACUGUCAUAUGUUUAUCUUUGCACUGAAACCAGCAUGCAAUAAUAAGCAGCCGCUACACAUUUCGUUCUUUAAAGGUAGCCUACAUUGCAAGUUACAGCCUAGUUUUAGUUCCAUGUCCACGCUUUUUUUUUAUCACCACCCUUCACCACUUAGAGUUGCACUACAACGCAAGCUAGGGAAGCUACCUAAGCGAUAAUGCUUAAAGAGUACAGUGAUGCUUCCUUAUAAAGUACUUAAUUUAUUACAAAACAGGUUUUCCAAUUGUACGGGGCCGUGUAGAUCUGCUACAGGUUCCAAAAUGGUCAGAUUCAAACUGUCAGACAGUCACAUUUCCUCCAUACCGGUUUUAUCCGGAUAAACAAGUUCACGUUCAAAUAACGGUCAAUCACAUGAAGCUGAAUGACUCUGUGACAGUCCACGACGCUGUUACUUCAUGGACAGAAAGUAUCAACACAAAAAACUUCACCGUCUGUGUCAUGCAAACCGGGAGGAAAGAAGAAGGCGCGAAUCCAUUUGCCACCAUUGAUUGGGUGGCUUAUCAAGGAGCACCACCCGAAGGAUUGACGGGAACGGUUGAGUUGCAGAAAUGGUGGUCUGGUACCAACUGCGCAGAUGUAACCUUUCCUACGGUGAGAUGGGAAUGUACAUAUUAAAUUAAAUAAUUGUUGCAAACUCAAUUAAAGUCUCCAUGACGAAUGUUAGAAUUUCAUUCAUGUGACAUCUUUAAUCCAUGUCUUGAAAAAAAAAAAAAAAAACAAAACAAAACAACAACAACAACAACAACACCAAAAACAGCAAAAAAAACAAAAACAAAAAACAAACAAACAAAACAAGUAAAUAAUAAAUAAUUGGAAAAUUAAGUCUUGUGACCCUUAGCGAAAACAUGACAGAUUUAAUCACGACUUGUCUGCGUAACAAAUGAAGAAAAACAUCAAGAGCGAAACUGUGAAGGAGAGACGUCCUUAACAUCGAUUUCAACAAAAUGAAGCGCUAAUCUGAUACAAGGAAGCAGCUUAUAACAACAACAACAACAACAAAAAACACAAAAUAUUUGUUUACCUAUUUGAAUUAACUGAAUGUGGAAAGACAUAUUAAAACUUUCCUUGAACUAGAAACAUGAGACACAAAGUUAACAAAAAAUAAUCGAUCAUUACGAGGUAACUGGGGAGAUGAUUGCUAGAUCUUCUAAAAAGUUGUGACCGACUUAUCGACUUAAUUAACAAGACAACAUUAGGUAACAAUUAAGAACAGAAACUUACUUAGUGGCUAGUUUCAAGUAAUUUUGCAGCAAUAUUUAAAAAAAAAGCUGUUUCGAUUGUUGUUAUUGCUUUUUCUUUAGGGCAAGUUUGCCGAGGCGCCAAUAGUCCUUGUGACGUCAGAGCACCUGAGGAGUGGUAAAGAGUAUGAUGCUGCUCUCAUUUGGAUUGAAGACGUAACUAAGGACUCAGUUAAAGUCUGUCUUCGUGAAAUGCAAAACUUUGACGGAAGACACCAAGAUAUCACUGUGGUACGUUCUUAGUCAGAUUUGGAAAAACUGGAACGCGACUGUCCACAUUAUUUUUCGAGGAAUUCUAGUCUUGUUAACCAUAACAGCGUUAAGAGGAAAAAGCAUUGCUAAGUAAAGAUCGUCCGGGCGAUCGCGAGUGAUGAUCAGUUAAACGAAAGGAAAUGCAGAAAGAAAAGCAUAAAAAGAAACGGAAAUAAUGAUAAUAAUAAUAAUAAGAAGAAGAUUGAAGAAGAAGAGGAAGAAGAAGAAGAAGAAGAAGAAGAAGAAGAAGAAGAAGAAGAAGAAGAAGAAGAAGAAGAAGAAGAAGAAGAAGAAGAAGAAGGAGAAGAAGAAGAAGAAAUGAAUUGAAUAGCAUUGCGGGUGGUGAAUUUUAAAUAGCGCACAAAUUGGUCUUCCUUGACCCCAUGCCUCCCUUCACGCUAUUACGUGAUUCACCUGAUGUCUUAAAAAAAUGUGGAUUUGCAUCCUUUUCUUGACUCUUUGCGCUCUUUGUUAGGUCACAACUUCAUAGAGUUCAAAAUACUUAGAUUCAAAGGAGCCUAAAAAUGAUGAGUUUAUUUAAAUUUUUGUUGGUGUAAUACGAUUCUGUCACAAGAUGGGUGGCAUCAUGACUUUUGUUUUUACCUCUUUUCACAGAACUGGUUUGCCUUCUCUAAACUGCACAAGCCUCUUUUCACUGAACAUGGUGUCAUAAGCUUUCCAAAUACGAACCCACCUUUGGAUAAAAUGAACAAUGCUUAUUGCCAGGUGAGAAAAGAGUUCUUUGCAAAAGCACUGAGUAGCAUGCUGUUCACAGCAUUUUCUCUCACAGGUAUAUCGCUUACUUACAUCACUGUAAAUAUUUUCAAAACCCUUAUAGUCAUAUACACUUUACGCAAUAGAGAUCAAAGUGACUAGAAAAGUAAAGAAGCUGGUUCACUAAACAAUACUUUAAGACAAGAGGUCAGGAAGUACAGACCGAUAACGUCCCAUCGACAGAGUGUUUGAGCAACUGCUCCGUAAACAGGUGACCGUGAAACUCGACCACAUCUUUUCUACACAAAGCACUGCUUACAGAAAUGGACACAGCUGUGAGACCACUCUACUACGUCUGAAUGAGGACUCGAAGCUAGCAAUAGACAGAAAAGAGCUAGUAUGUAUUCCAUCGACUGAUACGAGUAAAGCGUUUGACUCUCUCAGCCACUCGCCGACACUAACAAAGCUUGAAGCAUACGGUUUUGAGUCUUCAGCGUUGGACCUCACACGAUCAUUCUUUAACAACCGCCAAAAUGUUCAACCCCCUGUUCUGGACACAUUUCAGAAUGACCUGCUCUGCUCCACUUUCGAUAUAUGUAGACGAGCACCAGUUGUACUCCUCACGAACUAAUUUUACAGCUGAAAAAGAAGCCUUAGAGAAGAAAGAUCAACUUGCCGCGUUUUGGUAUCGUCAUAAUUUUCUACUCGCAAAUCCUGACAAAUUCCAGGCGAUGAUCCUUUAUAAUAGAAAUAUUGACAUUGAAGGCUAAUACACUGACAUAAGUAUAGAUGGUAGGGUCAUUACAAACACAGAUUACAUCAAACUACUUGGCGUCCACAUCGAUUGCAAUACGAACUUCAGUGGUCAUAUUAGCGAACUGUGUAAGAAAGUCAGUAAGAAAGUAGGGAUAUCCUAAUGCGCCUGCGCAAUCUUGUUCCCUGCUCAGCUGUAAGUCUUCUAUAAGUCUUCCAUCCUGCCUUACCUUACCUGCUGCCAGCUGGUAUGGCACUUUUGUAAGGCCUCCGAAAGCAGGAAAAUAGAACGUCUUCAAGAACGUGCCUUAAGAGCGGUAUACAGAACUAAGUCUGCCUCUUACCAGACACUACUAAAAUAUCAGGACUACCCACGUUGCAAAAUCGUAGAUUGCAAGAUAUAGCUAUACUUAUGUACAAAGUCACGAAAAACCUCGCCCCUACCGACUUAGCAGAACUUUUUAAGUUACUAAUUCGAGGUAUUCUUUGCGAAACAAGGACUUUCAUUUACCUACUAGAUUCAAUACUGUAACCUAAGCCAAACAUUCAUUCGUUACUUUGGACCCUUACUAUGAAAGAGACUAAACAACAAGGUCAAACAAUCACCUAGUCUUCAGUCUUUCAAGAACGCUAUCAGAAAUAUAGACAUUUUAUUAUUUCAUUUUAUUUUAUUAGCUUCGCAAAAAAAAAAAAACAAACAAACAGAAAAAACGUUGGCAGGGACACCGCAACAGCUGUGGCCAGUUACAGUGGGCCUGGAUACUAAAAAGAAAAAAAGAAAAACACGAACUAAUAAUAAUAAUAAUAAUAAUAAUAAUAAUAAUAAUAAUAAAAAACAGCGACACAAGAAAAACUACAGCUACAUAAAACAAGUUAUUGGACGAGACAAGGGACGAGCGCUGUUACAUUUUAAACGGAUAGACUUGAACGAACUUGGGUCUUCCCAAUCAUAAGAAACAGCUAACGCGGACUUGUAAUAAUUAAAAAUAACUGAUUUAAAGGAAGCUAAGGUCGAUGAGAUCAAAUCUAGGUCAUCCACUAAACAAUUCCAAAUUCCACUAGUUCUAAUGAGAAAGGAUUUCUGGUACGUAGUAGUUUUACAUUUCUUAAUUAUGUAUUUAUUAACAUUGCUGGUUGAAGAUCAAGUGCGUCUACCGUAUUUGCGAACUUCAAGUAGGACAAGGGAGUUGACGUUAACAAGACCAUGUGUCGAUUUGAAAAAAAAAGGUUAGAUCUAAAAGUUCAUGCCAGUAACAAAUAGGUAUUAGGUUUAGAGUUUGUAAACGAGACUUAUAACUUAUAUUAGAAGAAUAAGGCAGUUUUAACAUAAACUUAGUCGCGCGUCUUUGGAUACGCUCAAGCUUGACAAUGAGCUCGAUGGACUGCGGGGCCCAAAUUUGUGUGGCGUAUCCCAAAUGUGGACUAACUAGCGCUAGGUAUAGCGUUCGUCUUUCGUCGGUUCUAAGUAUGAACCUCGUGUUCCCCUUUAAGUAUCCAAGUAGUUUAUGAGCACGCGUUGUACUUGUUUGUACCAUGUCAGAUCCUUACUAAUCCAUGCGCCGAGAUCUUUUUCUGCAGAAUGUAAUACAAGUGCGGUGUUGUUGUGUUUGUAAGAGGAUAAGAUCGGCUUUGUUUAUGUGCUGCGUCUUACACUUAGCUUCGUUAAAAAGGAGGCCGGAUGAUUGAGACCAAGUUGCAAGCUUACCAAGGUCUUUCUGGAGAGAAGAGGCACCCCCCAAAGUCUUUAUCACUCUGAAUAUUUUUGUGUCGUCAGCGAACAUCAAUACUCGACUGCUAGAACUGAUGACUUCGGAAAGGUCGAUGACGUAUAAGAAGAAGAGGGUUGGUCCGAGUAUGGAACCUUGAGGUACUCCAGAGGUAACAGAAAGAUCCUCUGAAGUGGCGCCGAGUACCGUAACGCGUUGGCGUCGACCUGAAAGUUAAGAGCAGAACCAGUUUAAGCAGGUGCCACCGAAACCGGCCUGGAUUAGCUCAUGAACGAAGCGCCUGUGACUGACUCUGUCGAAAGCUUUUGGCAGAUAAAGAUAGAUGGUGUCAACCUGGCUGCCACUAUCUAAAUUAGUGAACCAAUCUGGUCAAAAGCGUCAAGCAUGUUGGUGACGCACGAUCUUCCAGUACAAAAACCAUGUUGUUUAGGUGAAAUUACGUGGUACAGGUGGUCCUUGAUGCUAUUCAACACACAACGCUCAAAGACCUUGGACACUAUUGGGAAUAGAGAGAUGGGGCGGUAAUUUUCCACGUUGCCUUUCGCACCCUUUUUGUGGACAGGCACGACGUUAGCUAGUUUCCAGUCACUCGGGAGAGACCCUAGUUGCAGUGAUUUGUUGAAGAUCUUACAUAAGGAAGGAGCAAUCACUGAGGCGGUCUGUUUGAGCAAUUUAGCAGGGAUUUCGUCCGGUCCUGUGGCUUUACCGACUUUUAGUGUUUUGAGUGCAGCUAGAAACUUGGACUCAUUGAGAGUUAGAUCGGAUAUAACAGUGUCCGAACGUAUGCACGCUGUCUUCUCCACUGCACUGUCGAUAGUAAAUACAGAGGCAAAAAAACUGUUAAACAGGUCAGCUAUUCCCGCAGGUGUAUCAGCACUUACUCUUGAAGGGUUCUGUGACUGGUCAGCGGAGUAGUCUGGGACGGUUACCAUGGAAACACGGCCUGGGAUGGGAUGAGAUUUAGAGUUAAGCUUCAAAUUGACCAUAAGCGCUUGGGAUUGAAUAUAAAGCCAGUGUCUAUGAAGUCGCAAAAGUGAUAACGGCUUUCGCGAAGCAGUUUCUUAACUUGCGCCUGCAGAGACUUAAACUUAUCCCUCAGGCGGGCGUUCGGAUGUGACUUAAGUUUUUGGCGAACUGAGUUCUUUAUCUUGAUAAGGUUUAAAACGUUACUACUAAUAGUAGUAAUAAGUCCUUCCAGCACAGCCCGUCAUCAUCUAUAUUGUUAAGGCCCACAAAAGAAGAGAGAUUGAUUACCGAGAGAGCUUGACGCAAACCUUCAUAAUCGCCAGUUGCGUAGUCGUGCGCGGGUGUGACGACGCAUUAACAAAAGAAUUGUACCUUAAACAGGACUACACAAUGAUCCGUAAAAACACCAGCUUUAUCAGGUGACAACACUUCGGUCACUUUGGUGUGUUCUAGGGCACUUGUUAUCACUAGAUCAAGAAUGUUACUACCGCGAGUCAGUGUGUGGUUAAUUUGCGUCAAGAAGUGGUCAUGUAACGCCUCGAUAAAUGGCAGUUGCUUAUCACCUGAAGCGCUAUCCACGGAGUCCCAGGAAAUGUUCGGCAAGUUAAUGUCACCACAAAUUACCAUAUUUUGAAACUGAUCGCAGACUUGAUCUGGAAAGGUGUUAAAUAAAUAUACCCAACUAGGGUCUGAAUCCGGAGGCCUGUAACAAGAACAGAAUAAUAAUGUAAUCUUCGGAUCAAAUUUAGAAGAAAAUAACUGUGACUGUUGUGACCUUUUCAGAUCCUAAUUUUAUGAUUUUAAGAUUUUUAAGAUUUUAAUAUGUAUCAUCAUGAAUUACUAUGUAUUUUAGAUUAGUGUGCCCAAUUAGAAUAUAUCAUUAUCAUUAGUAUUAUCAUAGAUUAUUAUUAUUAUUAUUAUUAUUAUUAUUAUGUAAUUUUAGAUAAGUGUCCGCAAUUAGCCAUAUACGUUUGACACUUAAAGUUCUUAUAUCUUAUUAUAUAGUUAUAUCAGACAUAUCAAGACAUCAAAAUGGCAGUUUGUUCUGUUAAAAUGAUUAAUCGCAAAUAUUUCUUGCUCAGUUGGGACUUCAAAAAUAAACACAUUGACGGGAACUGAAGCUUUUAGUGAUUAAGGAACAGUGUUAAACGUUUUACGUUUCUCUUCCAUGGCAGUUCGUUUCAUUCACGAGAGCUUAUAACUCGACUCCAACAGUUCUUGUCUCAGCCAAUCACAGCACGACGGCAUCUGGGAAUUCAGCACCAAAUCACAACGGAAUUACAACUUGGAUCGAGGUAAAAUUUUCCGUAAUUGCGGAGGAUUGUGGGGAUGUAUCGAGGCAAACAAAUUUCAAACCAAAACGCGACGAAAGAUAUAACUGAACAGAGACACACGCUUGCUUGAGGCGAUGUAUAGGUAGAUAAUAGGUGUGGCGCAAAAAUGUGCCGAGUGGAAGUUGAGAUUGCUUAUUAGUUUCCUUUUGACGUUAAUUAUCGAAUACGAUUAUGGUGUCGGUACAAAAUAAUAUCUUUAAAUUAUCAGCAGGGGCCGCGCGCGGUAGGCUCGAACUUCAGAUCUGAUUGUGCGGUUUUUAACUUUAGAGCUGUUUCCUUGGACACAAAACUUUGCUCCAAUCAUUUGGCUGCUUUCUUCAUCAACAGGGAUCUUUAGCUCCGUCCUUCUGGGCCUCAUAGCUCAUUUGUGCCACUGCCGUGCCCCUUAUUAGGGUAAAAAGGAUAUUUUGGAUAAAAUUUCGAACAUUAAUUCACCAUAUAUUUUUUUAUACCUUUGUUAUUUCUAAAGGAUUCUUUAAUUACUUUCAUCAAACCACAGUGUUAAGUUACAGCGAAUCUACGCAUCUCUAUGUUACAUAAGAAGACGUAGGAGAACGUUUUAAAAAUAUUCUGGUAUUCUAUUCCUGUUAAUUCAGUUGUUUAUGACUACAAUUUUAGCUGUACUAAACUACGUUGAGUGCUUAUUAUUUUUUUUCAGAACAUGAAUACCUCUGGAUUCAGAGCCUGUGUCAAGGAAUUAUACGGGACCAGAUAUGACCCCUUGUCCGUCGGUUAUGCCGUGCUCACAGGUCUGUAAUACUACUGAGUUCUCUCAUGAAGUAUUUUUUAGCAAAUGAAAAAAGAAACGUUACUUGUUACCGGAUUCAUCUGGAAAUACUUUGGAAAUGCCCUAAACUAAUAACACAAUGCAAGUUGAUGGUUUUCCAAGUCAUCGCAGAGUCAAGAGAGUGUACCUGUUGACAUAAAAAGAUUCAUGAAGUUCUUUCAAGUUAUAAUUUUCCUACCCCUCGAAGAAUUUCACUAUUUAAUUAAAGGAUAAAUAACGAGGAUGAAAGACCUUGCUAGAAAUUAAAAGCACCAUACUUAAAACAAUCGUUUGAAUAGUUCGGUGUAUUUUAUCUUUAUGCGAGUGGUAUAUUCCUAUCGCUAGUCUUCUAUCCAAUAAUAUCUUACUGUAGUACCUUGAAACCAUUAAGCGUUGGAAAACAUUUUCGCAUCACGUUCCUAACAGUACUGCGAGUGAGAUGCUGCUAAGGAUUUAUCAAUCCGGCUGUUUAUCUGAAUUUCUAUAUUUAUGACGCUUACGUUUAUCUGUAUUUCGCAGACAUCUGUGAACCUGGCUGGAACUAUUUCAACGGCUUUUGUUAUUUCACAAGUAAGACUUGUCAAAAUUGGACCACAGCACUGGAUAAAUGCCGACAAGAAAACGCGGUUCUUGUUGAUGUCCAAAAUAACGAAGAAAAUGUGUUUUUACAGCAUCUACACAAUGGAGCAAAAUCCUGGUUGGGAUUGAAUGAUAUUUUCACAGAGGGCUCCUUUACUUGGGCAGAUCGUGGUACUGGGAACUUUACAGCUUGGGCUAAAACCCAACCGAACAAUUUUCGGGAUGAAGACUGUGUGCAUACACUUGGUGUUGAAUAUAAAUAUGUAUGGAAUGACGUGAAAUGCAGUGACUGUCAUCAGUAUACUUGUAAGAAAGGUAAGAUGUGAUGUAUAAGUUUAGAAAUGCACAAAAUGGAAGAAAGUCUACUUAACAAAACGCAUUUUCGUGUGUUAAUCGUGAUAAAUAUGUAGUUUGUUUUUUUCAUUUUAAACAGAUCUGAAUGAAUGCAGUAGCGACAAGUAUUACUGCCAUCAGGUCGCUAGCUGCACAAAUUAUCGUGGUUCAUUUACUUGCACUUGUGAUCAAGGCUACUUUGGAGACGGCUUUGAGUGCGAGCUCAAUUACGCAAGUAUGAUCAGAUAUAAAAUUGCAACACUGCAUGUUAAUGAUGAAUAGCAAGUUGAUUUAUAGUAAUCUAUUCUCACUGGAGCCAUCAGCAAACAAUGCCCGUAAUUCCAAUAAUAUAUGGGAGACCCAGCCAGAGACGGUAGGAGCGGGAGCUCCUGGUAAACAGAUAGUUCUUCAAUGCGGAGAAAUGGGUGGGUCGUGUAAAGAAAUGUACGAAACACCGAAAAGCCUGAGCAGGCUAUUAAUUGCGAAGAGAAAUUAGCGUUAUACAAGAAACCCACCAUGUACAAAUAGGUAUACGAUAGCCACGGGCUAUACGCGGCGUGCUAAUAUCACGCUCUUUUAUUGCGGAGCCGUUCUAAUGUUUUCAAUGGCCAUCAUUUAGAAGCUUCUACUGGUUACAUGCAACGUCUUAAUUUUCGAGUGUCUUUUUAUGAUUUCCCAAACUCCCAUUCUAGACGACACGCUAUGGAGAAGAGUAGCUGCCCAGGCGACAUGGUAUCCUCCUCCUUCUUACUAGGCUAAAGUUUGCUGUUUAAUUCGGUGGCCUGGUUAAUAGCAGGGCUCCACCCGCGCGCGAAGCGCGCGCGUGGACGGAGCCCCAUAGCUAAGGAAAUGUGGUAAUCUACCCAUCCGAGAAAAUUUGGUAAUCACGUGACCGUACGCCCGACCGUCCGUCCGCACCACAUGCGUACCAAUGUUUACUCUCACACUUUCUAGCUAGUUUGGGAGCCCAAUAGAAAACUAAUUGCACAACAAUAUCGUGAUCAAUUGACAGCUGUCAAAACAGGAUAUCCGCUGACUAGUAUCACCUGACCGUACCGCGGGCUCAAGUGUCAACCCAUCGAGGUCCAGUACUUUUUUGAAGUUAUCCGCUGACAAAUUACCAGUUUCAAAUGAUCGCAGGCUCAAGUCUAUUUUUUCCAAUGAUUCAUAUGAAGUAUGUUGUGUUUAUGUCACUAUGGCCCCGCACUGUCAAGAUUUUAAUUUCAAACUGACCUCGGACGCGAAAAUUCAGCCACUUUUUUAAAAAUAAAGGCGGGGAAGACCUUUUCUUACCAUGGUCACGCGUUGGUCACGCUCUACGUCCAAUUUUUGUACUCUGAUUGGUCAAAAUGUGACAGGUGAGUUCAUGCGGAAAAUUUAUGCAGCAUCUUGAAAGUUGUUUACUUUGACAGCAAAAGCUGACAGAGUUUUGUUUCAACUUGUGAUGUUUUUAACUGUCUAAAUCCUUUUCCACUGGAUGUACAAAAUGAAAUACAGCUGCUAUCAAGAGUCUUCUGUUAUCCAUGGCUAGUUUGUUUAUUGGGUUUGUGGUUGAUAAAUGCGUCGCUUGUCAAAAUUGAGUAAUCCGAUUUCGGAUGGCAUCGUUUUCGUCUUUCACCUUGCUCAAUGCGUAAGAAGGUUUAAAAGUCUCAAGCAACUAUGGCCUUCCUUGAUAUCUUUCAGGAACUGAAUCGCGAAUGGUAAGCCUGAGUAAUUAUUGUAUUUGAUGUUUGUUUUUGUUAUAUCUAAUUUCAUGAAGUCGAGCACAGUUGAUGCGGCAAGUUUUUGCACGUUUGUUGAGAUUUGAGUCAAUGAUCUGAUCUAGUAUCAGGUUUGAUAUAAGGUUACAGAACUUUAAAUGGCUUUCAGAUAUAUUUUCUCACGGCAAAUAGAAAAAAAAACCGUUCCGAAGAAUAUUUAGUUAUAAAUUUGGCUGUAGAAAGAAAACUUUGAGUGAUUUUCUUGUUUCGAGGAGUUCAUCUUUGAAAAAACAAAACAAACACCGGGAGGCCGGCUGAAAGUAAAAAAAAAUAAACUUAAGCUUAAGCUUUAAGCUUAAACACUCAGGAUUUUUAGAGCCACUUUAAUACUUGUCUUCGUGAAUGAAAAUUGUUGUCUCUGUAAAUGUUUUACCGAAUUAUAUUUCUCUUAUUGAUUGUUAGUAGUUUCUCUUGCAAUUUUAAUCGCUUGUCUGUGGUGUUUGUUUUCAUCGUUCAUGAACAUCGCUUGCAGGAGUACUUAGAAAUGUCGCGCGUAUCAAACGCUUUAUAAGAUUACACAUCGUUAUAACUGGACCCAUUAAAUAACAAAAAAUAAUGAUAAUAAAUUCGUUAUUAUGUUGAAGCGUAUCUCCAUUAAAGUUCAUUCAAACACUUGACCACACUGACAGCUCGCACUAAAAAUGAGAACCGGCUGGCCGUAUGAGUGAUUUUAGAAAUUUUUUGAACGGUUACGCUAAAAGCCCACGAUUGAUCGUCCUGAACAUUGAAAAAUUGUGAAAUGCCGUAUUCUGUUCGAGGUCUGUAUGAUAAAAAGUACUAUUUCACCUCAGAUGUGAUGUAUAAAAAGUAUAAAAAGUUGGUUUACACACCCCCAGAUUUGUUGGCAAGAAUUUGUAAAGUAAACCUGUCGAACGCAAAAAAAUGCGGCCUGAUUUGUUUUCCAAGAAUUUGUUUUCGAGGCCUAAUCUACUGUGCUCAAGAGCCAUUUUGGCUCUUGAAUGUGAUAGAAGAUGUUUGCUAGUUUUUGGGUGUACAUAUAUUUAGGCUAUCAACUCGAUGUAAGAUGUUUCACUCUAAAAUAACUUAUCCUUUCCCUCAAAAGUCACAUGAAUGUGCCCUUAAGUUAACUGAUUUGUGGAUUACAAGUUUAUUGUUUGAUUUAAAAUAUAAAUUUAUUAAUGGAAGCUUCGCUUUUAGCCCUGGCUAAAUCUAUACAUUAUUUUGCAUAUUCGGCCUUAUUAUUACCCCUAGUUUUAGACUCUUGUUGUAAGGAAAGUCAUUCGAGAGUUGAUAAUAUUGUCUUACAAGGUAAGAAUCCGAUUCGCACUGAAAAAGAGCUUUUAAAUUCCCGGGUCCGUUCGUUCACUUUCACUACUAACCACCGCCCGAUUAGCUCAACUGUAUAAGCGUCAGUCUGCCAACCGGGAGGCCACCGACUCAGGGUCUUUAAAUUGCUGAGGCGAAAUUGUUUCAUUUGAAAAGACAUCUGCAAAUGGUUAAAUUUUUUAGUCUUCUCAGAUAAGUACAAUAAACCGUAGGCCCCGUCUCAUAACCGUUGCACUUAUAUUAUUUUGGGACGUUAAAGAACUCACGCUCUGUUCGUAAAGGUUAGGGGACGCAUUCUCCGGUGUUGUGGUCUAUCUCCCGUGGUGGACUUUUGCAGUGACCCUGCCAAGAAUUAGUGAACCAAAGGAAAUAAAUUAGUAAUAACUUUGUCUCUAACGUUUGUAGGGGGUUUGAAACAGUCUACUAUUGUGGGGAAUGAUGCUAGCUACUUGCAAUAUUUAAGCACCUGGCUCAAACCAGUUGCUCAGAGCAAAUCCUCACGAUGGAAGCGUUGUUGGCGGGCGUCCGUAGACGGCUGGGCUGCAAGUACUUUUCAUAGCCGUUGUGACAACAUAGGACCAACUGUAACAAUCAUAAGAGUCGGUGGGAAAUACAUAUUUGGAGGCUACACCAGCCUCUCAUGGGGUAAGUGGUUUGUUAACUCUAAAACUGUGCAUAUUAGCAUGUAAAAUUGUCGAAGGAAGUAUUUGAAGUAGAAAAUGUUAUUACCACGAAGAGGACUAAAAAAAAACUCAUUCACGCAACUUUAUCGCCCUUAUUCCAUUUCGGUCAAUUCGCCAAAUGGAAGUGAAUUAUUCUGGGUUUAAAUUCGAAAAGUCUCUACCAAAUAUUGGAAAAAGAAAAUCGUUGUCUUGUGUUCACGUACCCCAUAAAACUGAAAUUAGGACGUUUUACAUCGUUUUCGUUCUGCGAAUUUGCCGACACUUAAAUUCUUUGCCGAUGUAUUUUCUUUUCAGAGUUGUUCCUAUUCUAAAGUGUUUUUCAGGCAAAGUAUUCCUCACUGUUGUCUCGAGUGCUGUUGUAGUUUUAAAAAUCAGUAAAAAAUACUAGAACGCGAGUUUGAAAUGAUCAGUUCCUAUAAGGCUUCCCUUUUAAAACUAAAAUGAAAACUGUAUGUAAAUAGUGAAAGUUAGAUGGUGAAAAUUACCACUUCUAAUCAAGUCUUUUCUUGUUAUAGUUCACACACAAAAAAAUAAACUGGGAGAGUAUUUUAAUCAAACCUACGUAUACUGAUAUCAACCUGAAUAAUAGCAUAGUAUCUUACGUUUCCUGUUCUUAUCUGACCUAUCGUAUGACGCACGCUUAAUUUUACUUUAGCGAGCAGUCAGUCCAGUCGAUGCCCAGGCACUACCACGAUUUUAAAUGUUCUUUUUUUUUAACUUUUCAGUUAUGUUUUUAAUGCUGUAGUCAAUUACUUAUACAUUAUUAAUGUAAAUUCAUUUUGUAUCUUUUAAAUACAUUUUGUAUCUUUUUCAUUUAGAAUCUUAUCGUAUCUUUUUAGGGUUUUCAAGUUAUUGUAGUUGUAAAUUUUAAGUAGUUUUUUCUUAUGUUUUAUUUUAGUUCUACAUCAUAAUCAUUUUUACACGGCUCCUCAAGAAUGGAGCUUUAAGUCUUUAGUGUUUAAAUAAAAGAAAUGAUGAUGAUGAUGAUGAUGUUGAUGAUGAUGAUAAUGUUAAUGGCUUAUGAGUGAAAAGCUUCAGUGUGAAUCGGUGUAUUUAAAAAAGCUACACAAAGACCGAGCAGAACGGGGGCUGCUCUAGUGUCAACUAUUACAAGUGUGUGUGUCUCUCUCUCUCUUUUUUAUACAUACAAGUUUCCCUUGCACGAUUUUUUCAUGUUCUUUGUCGCCAAAAAGCAAAACCGUACCCCGUUUUUUAAGUCAUAGCUGGACUACGACCAAGACGGCAGGGCGUAGUUCGGAAGUUAAUUUGGAAGUAAAUUGGAACCUCGGUAUAACGAAGGACAAAGAGACCGGCAGAAUUUGUUCCCUAUAUAACUAGGUUUCGUUUGUUGAGAUUCUUUUCCAUACAUUUUACUACAACUGGGGUAAAGAAAAUCGUUAGUUACAUCAAGGAAUUUGUCAUAUCGAGGUUCCACUCGGCGAUAGUAAGCAAUAAUUAAACAAUCCAAACCUUUAUAUCGGGGUGCCGACAACUGAAUAAUAUUUUGCAAUUUUAUCACUCUGAUCAAUAUUUUUUUUGCGUUUAGCUUUUCAAAUAAGUACCAGUUUCUUCCUUCCAAAAGUAAAUACUUAAGUAAGAAAAAAACACUUUUCACGAGACUAAUGUCUUUGCUACUUAAAAGGGAGUUAAUUAUUACUUAACUAGUAGCAUCAGUAUAUUCUCUUGUCUGUAUGAAUUCGAAUUUUUAACGAAUUCUGUACAUCGGAUUUUCCUUUUCAUUUCUUGUUUUCCCAACAGGUUCCAGCUGCCAGUAUAGAUAUGAUUCCCAGGCAUUCCUUUUCUCGCUGGUAAACAAGCCAGGAUUGGCACCUGUGAAACUUCCUGUGUAUAGAAAUUACGGUAAUGCCAUAUACGACUGCUCGUCUUAUGGACCUACUUUCGGAGGAGGCCAUGAUCUUUUUAUUGUCGACUACGCGUCAUCCAAUGGAAAUUCCUAUACUUACCUUGGUCAGGCUUACAGCCCACCAAGUGGGUACAGCUAUGGAAGCAGCUCCACCUACACUUUUCUGGCAGGCACUUAUACUUUUACUCCAGACGAAGUAGAAACAUUUUACGAAACAACAUAA